CUGUUUUUUAAAAAACCAAUCCCCUAUAGUUGGACAUUCAGGUUAGUUACAGUUUUUUAUACCUAUAAAUAAUGCUGUGGUGGUAGUUCUUGCUCUGCUUGAUUCUGCAGGAUGAAUGAUCAGAAGUGACAUCUCCAGGCUCAUUGUCGGGCUUUGGGUCUGUGUUAGCGGGCUCCAAUGUGACUGUCCUCUAAAAACUCAGGGCCCUGCCCUCAGCAAGCCUGGUAGAGAAACUCUAAACAAAAUUGCGGCCUCCUUGUCUUUGCUUUUCAUAAAGAAAGGACAAAGGCGCUGCUCCCAAGCCUCACCUGGGUAAUCAUGCCCUUUCUGACCCACACCUCACUCACUGUCCAAGGUGGGGACAAGUGGUUCCUCAGGCCCUGAAGGAGCUCUCCCACUCAGGCACCCAAAUCAUCCUCUGGGCAGCAAGAUGUCGAUAAUGAGAUUCAUUCGACGUCACUUAGGUCUUCCGAGUGAACCCGAUGUGGAGGAGAGCAGAGACACAGGCAGGGAGGAUCCUCUGGCUGGGACAGAAAGCAGCCUUCUACGGACGUCCCUGGGGAUCCAGGAGUUAAGAGGCCGCCGACCAAGGCGAGGGACUCGGGUUCGGUCCCUGGCCCAGGGAGAUUCCGCGUGCUGCAGGCCCCUGAGCCACUGAGCUCCACAACCAGAGCAGCCCCUCGCCACAGCUGGAGAGAGCCCAGGGCAGCAGCGAAGACCCGCACGCCAGAAAAGAAAGAAAGAAAGAAAGAAAGCAAAGAAGCUUUCUCUUUGGCCUUGGAGACAUGUGGGGUCUGCAGGAAGAGAGAGGAAGUUGAAAGAGUCUUGAGAAGGAAGUAGAGGCAGGAGGGCCGGAGGGAGGUGGUGACCAGAGAGAUUGACAUGAGAUUUUCUCCCAUUUCUGACCCCAGAGAGAAGUCUCCAGGUGCUGCUAGAACCUGCUCAGGGGAAGCUCGUUGCGCUCUGAGAAGGGGAACCCACUCACUCCCCAAGCUGAGGGCCUGCCCCGGGGUGAAGGGGCAGCUGAGACAAGUCGCCUUCAAGCACCAGAUGGAGAAUGAGGCCCAGGGAGGUGGACGGACUGACCACGAGGCGCAGAGGAACCAGUGUGGACGGGGCCCCUGCUUCUGGAGCCCGAGGCGGAGCAGGCUGGGGAAGAAUGACCCAAAGAAGGUUCUCCUCCUGGCCUCAGCCCCUGGGUCCUGGGGGACUCUGCAAGCCGAAACACGAAAGGACUUGGAUCAGAUAAGGAACCAGAGCCUGCUCUGUCCCUGCAGCCAGAAAGAAACCAGGAGAAUACAAGUUCUCUCUCACUUUCUCCUGCAGUCCCAUUCAUAUCCUCUUCCUUUUGUUGUUAUUUUUAUGAGCCUUGCUGCUGCUCUGGGAGAAUCCCCAGGUCUUCCUCUGUGUGUGUGUGUGUGUGUGUGUGUGUGUGUGUGUGUGUGUAAGGAGGUCACCCAUAAUUGACUGCCCUUUUUGAACCUGGCCAGAGGCUCUUCUGUUUCUCCAGUGCCAGCUUCUCUCCUGGAAACUCCAGAAAACGUGUCUUCACUUCAAAAGACCUCAGACUGUGGCUUCUGAUGAAGUGUCUCCUCCAGUCUGGGUGAGGGGUCAGGAUGCGAAGAAGAGGGAGACAGAGGGGAAGGGGAAGAGACACAGAGAUGAUGUGAGACAGACAGACAGACACGGACAGCAAAAGGAAGCAGGGGAGAAGCAGAGAUGGUGAGGACUUGAGCAGGAGGAGACAGAGGUAGAAAGACCUGGAAACAAGCUCAGAGAGACAGGGACUGCCAGGGAGGGAAUCUCGGACAGCUCCAUGCCAGAGAGAAGGGAAGGAACAAGAGUGAUUUGCGGAGAGGACAGCAGGAGAGCCCAAGAAAGCAGGAGGGCAGACAGUUCAGGAGAGGAAGGGGAAAGGGCAGCAGAGAGACAGGAGGAGGAACAGGGGCAGGUGAUGAGGAGACAAACAGAGGGGAGACAGCAGCGGAAGGAAGGAAAGAGGGAGGGGCUCCGCGCCCGUGUCCUGGCUGCUAGCAGCCGGGAAGCCGGCCGAGCGUGUCCUGCGGGCCCGUCGUGGCCGUGGCCGCGGGGAAGGGCCCUCGGGCGACCCGGGGGAGGAGAGAGGGGCGGGCCGGCGGCGACGCCCCGGGGUGGGGCUGGCCAGUAUAAGCGCGGCCUGCCCGCACCUGGCAGGGCCAGCUCCCAGCAGGUGGAGGCGGCCAGCCCGGCCCAGCAUGAGCUCCUUCGACCUCCCGGCGCCCUCCCCGCCCCGCUGCAGCCCCCAGUUCCCCAGCCUCGGCCAGGAGCCCCCCGAGAUGAACCUUUACUACGAGAACUUCUUCCACCCCCAGGGCGCACCCAGCCCGCAGCGGCCCCCCUCCUUCGAGGGUGGCGGGGAGUAUGGGGCUGCCCCCAACCCCUACCUCUGGCUCAACGGGCCGGCCGUGACCCCGCCACCCUACCUGCCAGGCGGCAGCCCCUUCCUGCCCCAGGCCUACGGCGGCAUGCAGAGGCAGCUGCUGCCCGCCGGCAUGCCCACGCUAGGGGCCGGUGACCUGGGCUGGCUGCCGCUCCCCUCGCAGGAGGAGCUGAUGAAGCUAGUGCGGCCGCCCUACUCCUACUCGGCGCUCAUUGCCAUGGCCAUCCACGGGGCGCCCGACAAGCGCCUCACCCUCAGCCAGAUCUACCAGUACGUGGCCGACAACUUCCCCUUCUACAACAAGAGCAAGGCUGGCUGGCAGAACUCCAUCCGCCACAACCUGUCUCUCAACGACUGCUUCAAGAAGGUGCCCCGCGAUGAGGACGACCCAGGCAAAGGGAAUUACUGGACCCUGGACCCCAACUGCGAGAAGAUGUUCGACAAUGGAAAUUUCCGCAGGAAGAGGAAGAGAAAAUCAGAUGUCUCCUCCAGCGCGGGCUCCAUGGUCUCAGAGAAAACAGAGGCUGGUCUCCUGGCAGGCAGCCCCGAGACCGCAGAGGCCCAGGACAUCUUGGACGGCGCUGCACCGGGCCCCACCGGCUCCCCGGAGAAGCGGCCAACGCCACCCCCGCCAGGCACCCCAUGCCUCAGCAGCUUCCUCUCCACCAUGUCAGCCUAUGUGAGCGGGCCGAGCCCUGUGAGCCGCCCCACGGCCACCACGCCGGGACUGAGCCUGGAGCCCGCUGACAAGGGGGGGCAGAACUCGCUGAGCUUCAGCUCCUACACCCCCCUCACCAACAUCAGUGGCCCCGCAGGUGGGGGCGAGUGGGCCAGCCCCAUGCCCAGCAACGCUCUGGGCUAUGGGGGCUCUGUCCUCAACCAGUUCAGCCCCCCCUUCUAUGGGAGCAUCAGCACGAACAGCGUCCUCUACCCCAGGGAGGGCACUGAGGUCUAGAAACGGAGCAGCUCCUGAGCCAGGCCCGACGGACAUGCCGGGGUCCUCCAUGCCGCUGCUCCAGACCUCUGAAUCGCCCAGGCACACACAGGAGGCUCAGAGGAGUUCAUCUUUUUUCUGGAACAUUGUAUAAACCUUGUGUGUAUCACAUAUCCACCCAUACUGCCCAACCAACUUUGCAGUGGAAAUGUUGGUGCCUGCAUGACAGUAACCACCCUGGCCAUUUAUUGAGCACUUCUGUGCUAGGUGCUGUAUGAGGUUCUUUGAAGGUAUGAUUUCACUUUCUAUUUCCAGCCACCUUGUGAGAGUCAUAUGAAUCUACCCAUUUAACAGAUGAGAAAACUGAGGCUCGAGGAAGUUAAGUCACUUUCCCAGAGUCAUGCAAACUAGGAAGUGGUGGGGCAGGGAGUCACGUGCAGGUUCUGGUGACUCCCCUCAAAGUUUGGGCCAACAGAGGCAGGAAUGGAGGGAUUGGUUGAGCAGACAAGGAAAGUCAGUGUGAUGAAUUGAUGAUGGCAAACACAUCAAAAUCUCUCCACUGCCUUCCAGCCAGCCGUCACAUUUAGUACCAGCCCGGGUACAUCUCGUCUUGGUCCAGGCCUUUACUCUGUGGCCCCCAGCUUACCUGCCAACACUCCUUUUGCUACUGCUCAAGGGAGGAGCCCAGAUCCCUGCCCCUGCUGGACAGUGUGCCUAACCUCCCCCCACAGAGGGAGAUUGCCUCCCCGGCCCCAUAGACCCAGAGCCGGGCAGGGAAGGGAGGAGUGUGCACCUCAAACUCUCACCCCUGCUCCACCCACUGGCAAAAUCUUGUAAAGCCCAACUUCCUGUGUGCACGUCAUGGACCAGUGAGCUGGAGGUGGCUGAGUCUUCCAAGAAAAACAAGGGCGAAUCAGUGAUUCCUUUUUCAUAGCCCAGGAGGGGCUUCAGACCGCCACAGAGGGGUCCACGCGGGCAGCUCAUGGGAUCUUUUUCCUGUUUUUGUACAUGCUUUAUAUACCAGUGAUGCCGCAUCGCAGCACACCCUGGAAAGUGAUUUUGUUUUCUUAUGUUCUUUUUAAUUAA